CUCCCCUCGCUCGGCUUCCCUCCGGCCGAUCGAGCGCGCUCAGUCCGUCCAGUUGCCCCGACGGGGGGCUCGGCAGGGGCGGCGGCGGAGCGAUGCGCCCGGCUGGGGCGCUCCCCUGGGGGCUGCUGCUGGUUCUUUGGGGGGCCCUGCUGGGCCAGCAGGUGCGGGGCCUCCGACACAGCGUCUACUGGAACUCCAGCAACCACAGAUUCCUCGAAGAAGACUAUGCCGUCCAGGUCUCCAUCAACGAUUACCUGGAUAUCUACUGCCCGCACUAUGAGCAGCCACUGGCCACGGGGAGCCCAGAAUCCUUCACUUUGCUCAUGGUGGACAUUGAGGGCUACCGGGGCUGCUACGAGACGCCGGGAGCCUUCAAACGCUGGGAGUGUAACCGGCCCUACGCUCCUUACGGGCCGGUCCGCUUCUCGGAGAAGAUACAGAGGUUCACCCCUUUCUCGCUGGGCUUCGAGUUUCAGCUAGGCCACGACUACUACUAUAUCUCUAUCCCCACCGCAGAGAGUCCCGGACGCUGCUUGAAACUGCGGGUUUCAGUUUGCUGCAAGACAACCACCGUAGAGCCUGUGACGGAGGGUCCCAAAUCUCAACCACGUGGUAGAGGCAGCUCUGAGGAUGCCGCUGUAGCCCCCGGACGUAGCUCUGCCCCUUCCUGGUCCAACAGGGCCUGUUUGGGGCUGGCUCUCUUACCCUUCCUGUGGCUCUGACCCCACCCCCACCCGCAGGGCCGGGGACUCUUACGGGCCUCCAGGCCGGGGUGAGGAGCGAGGCCGGCACUUGGUCCUCCUCGUCCCCCACUCGCAAGGAUGCUGGAUUCCUCACUUGGCACUUUAGAACUCAGAGGCGAUGUACUGGUGGCCCUCCUUCACAGCCGGACCCCCUUGCUCCCCAGAGAUGAGCUGAACUCCCAGUUGCUGCAUCAACCCAGCUAAAAGGGGGCAGGGCACCCCCAUAAGUCUCAGUAUGCCCACCCCCUUCUCCGUUUGGAUCCGCUGAGGCAAGAGGAAGACCUUUGGCCUGGAGGAGUGGAUUCUCCACGGUGACAUUCCUGCCGGAGGUCAGGUUGACCGUUUCUGGUGACAGCGAUGGUGUUGGGAAAGGGAUUUUCCAGCUCGCCAAAAAGACUCAGAUUUUGGUUUUUUGGGGAAGUGGCAUGGAAUUGGGAGGGGGGGGGGAGUGCGGAAGAGACUGAAAUAUCUCUUCCGCAGCACAGCAAAGGACUCCCAAGAUUUGUGUCCAGGACUGUUGAUAUGCCAAAGAUGGGGAGAGACACUUUGCAGUCCCUGACACUCGAAGCUCAGCUGCUUUAAAAGAGAGGGGGGCAUUGACUUCUCCCCCCCACUUUGCCCCUGUUUUAUGUCUGUCGAGCUCGGCUUCCCUUCCUCCCCUGCCCGGAAGCAAAAAACUGGACUCUGUCAGCGCCCCCCCCCCCUUGUGUUCUCGGCGAGAACGGCGAUGAUGACGCCUGCGCUUUUGUCUUCUAUGAAGACGCUUCCUCGGCGUCACCGAUUCCUGGUUUGCGACUUCUUCGUUUUAAAUAUGUUGGGGGUCUCCCCCCCCCCGCCGCCGCCAUUAAUUGUCAGUGACUGAGCCAAAUGAUAAAAUUGUUUCGGAAAC